AAAAAAAAAUUAUGUUAGUAAAUCUAGUUUUUUUUUCAAGUCUAAUGAUAGUUGAAGUAAAUUGUAAAGUAGUUAAACCAUCGAUGAAUUUAAAGCUAGGUGAUGUCAUUAAUAUUAAUUAUUUAAAUACUAAAUCAAAUAUUAUUUACGAUAAUAUAUUUGAAAAUAAAAUUAUUCCAAAUUUGGACAGUAUUCUGUCAAAAAAACGAGAGUUAUCAAUUUAUGGUGUCAAAAAAUUUGAAGAAGUCAUAUUACAAUACUACGGGGACUACAAUAUCGAAUCAAUUCACCCGGCGACAAAGAGAAAAAUUUUAAAAAAAUAUGAUAAAAGUUUACCAUUUACAUUUGAUAUUGAUAAUAAAUAUAUUAAGAAAUAUCAUAGAUAUGAAUUAUUGAAAUUAUGCCGGGAUAUUGAGGAACGGAAGAUAUCAUUAAAUAUGACUAAGUCCAUAAACGAGACAUUGUACUCAUUAAAUUUUGAUGAUAUUAUGAAUAACACAAGUCCAAUUGAUUUUGAUAAAUUUUUAAUUUACGAUUCGCCAUUAGUCGUAGUGACUCCACGUUCGACUAUGGGAACACAUUUUGUGUCAUCAAUAACUACUGGUAAUUGUUUGUAUCAGAUUAUUGUAUUUAAAUAUCCAUAUCAUUUAAGAAAGAAGCAAAAAAAUUCAAGCAAACUUAAUGUUCCACGUGUGAUGAUUUACACUACUCCCAUAAAAUCGAUGAGUCAUAAUGUAACUCUGGAAAACUUAGCAAUGAAUUACAUAAAUGAUACAGAACAUAUUGAUAAUAAUGAAACGAGUGAUUUGAUAAAAGUAAUUGACAAUAAAGAAUUAUGCAUAAAAAUAGUAAGAGAAUUAAAAAACGAUGUUGUGACGAAAAUAAAAUUUCAAAGGCUGCCACCAAAAUUUAAAAAGUUGUAUUUACAUCUGAGUAAAUACAAUAAAACUUCACUAUCAUAACAUUAGUUAAGUUUCAGUAAAACUGUUUUUCAUUUGCGUCCCUCUUUUUUCGCAACAUAUAUAAAAAACGAAUUGGUAGAGGAUCAAUGAAAUUCGAACUUGUGUCCAGAUAACAAUUGCCUGUCAAUCGCAUUCGCAUCCAGGAUCCCUCGUGGUCGAGUAGACUUGUCAUGGGCUAGUUGUCUCUCUGUAACAAGAGAUUUUCUUUCUCUUUAGGGAAAUGAAACAAAAAAUCUCUGCCGUAAAAAUAAUGAAUAAAAAAAAGAACAACAAAACGACUGAAAUUAAUCUUUUUUUUUCAAU